UUAUCAAAGCGAGAGCGUGCAGAACGGGGCGUGUCUACGCUUGGGGCGGAGCCAUGGUAUCGCCCCACCCUAACCUCGCGUCAUUGGUACCUGGCAGGAAUCCACUUCAAACUUCGUCCAAACUAGUCCACGCUUUUCAUUGCGUUAGCCUGAAUGUUUGACGCUCAUUGUUGGUCCUCUCACUGCCAUGAGAAUGAAGAUCAAAAGAAAAAUGAACGUCAACAGAGUUUUUUAUCUGUACUUCUCAGUUAUGAUCGGUGUGUUUGGUGCAGAGACAGAUACCAUCGAGACAGUGUCAGUGAACGUGGGAGAGUCGGUCACCCUACACACUGAUAUUAGAGCAAUAAAAAAAAAUGAUCACAUAAUGUGGUUGUUUGGAUCUGACAGUCCAGGCACUCGUAUUGCUGAAAUCAUUAAGUGGUCGUAUAUGUUUUCGAUAUAUGUGUGUCACAAAGAGCAAUUCGGAGACCAGCUGCGACUCGACCAUCAGACUGGAUCUCUGACCAUUGAGAACAUCAGUGCAGAACACUCUGGACUUUAUAAAUCAGUCAUCAUCAACAACCAAAAGAAAUUAAAUAAAAUGUUCAAUGUUAAAGUCUAUGCCCCUCUUCCCGUUCCAGUCAUUACCAGGGACUCUUCACUCAACUCUACAACAUCAGAGAGAUUUUCAAGGUCAAAAUGUCUAUUGAUGUGUUCUGUGAGAAAUGCAUCAUGGGUGACUCUUUCUUUUUAUAAAGAAAAUGAUUUGCUCUCCAACAUCAGUGGCUCUGGUCUCAGCAGCUUUCUCUCUCUUCCUCUGGAGGUGGACUAUUACGAUCAAAACACUUACAGCUGUGUUGCUAGCAAUUUUAUCAGCAACCGGACUGCACGAGUGAACAUUACAGAUCUCUGUCAGCCAUAUUCAGAAAUCUCUUUGCUGUACUGUUUGGUGCUUCUAUUGUUGAUUCCUUUAGCUGUCACAGUGAUAGUUUGGAUAUUGUGUGUCCGCAGGAAACGUCGAAAAGCAGAAAAACAGGCUGAUGAAAAUUGCUAAAACUUAAGAACAAUGGGACAAAAAACAAUGUGUUUAAAGCCUGCACAAAGUGUACUGUUCAACACAGGAAGAAUGUAAAGUAUUUGCACACAUGCACACAAUCACUCUGGUUUGUGCAACAUUUUAAGUAUUUUAUUAAGAGCGUUUUGAAAAAUAUUAACUACUCUGUAUAGUUUCUGCUAGUCUGUGUUUGUGUCACCAUCACUUAAAAUGUCCAUCCAGACAUGAUGGUGCAGAUGUAAUGCAGGAUGCUUUUCAAAACCUUCAUGUUUUGGUUAAUGUAUGUUCUCACAAUAAUGUUAACCAGUGUGAUUUGUAAAAAUGUGUGAUCAUUGAACUUUUAAUUGUGUUUUAAUUCUUAUUUAAACACAGACCUGUAUAAGGUGACCUUUUAUUUCUGUAGAUUUAUUUUAUUAAGAUUAUUUCAGCUGCAGCACAUUCUGCCAUGUUGUUUAUUUUAAGUAAAAUCUAAUAAUAUUUAUUUGCCGUUUUAUUAUUGUCAGCAGCUUAGUGUACAUUGUUAUGGUAGGCUUAAAUAUGUUUUAAAUACAUUUAUGUUUUUAAUGUUUUUAUUUAAUUAAUGAAAUUAUGUUUGUUGUAACUGUUGUGAUGAAAAUGUUGACAGCAUGAUUUCAGGCUAUAACACCAUAACCUUAUGCUCAGGUGUUUCAUUUUUUUACAUUUCUGUUUUUUAUUAUUUUAUAAAU